AUGUGUUCAGGUCUUGUGUUCCUCUGCCUCGUGCUCAAUAAACCCCCUCCUCUUUGUCAGUCCGAGUGCCCUCCUUCUUGUAUGCCUCAAGACUUGUCCACUCCUUGUCUCCAAGGAUCUACGGUGUGGACGGUCGCUCUGUCCGUGAUAGAGAUCUCGAUAUUUCUCUGUGAUGCUGCAGAGUUGUUGAGAGCACAGAUGCUGAUUCCUGAUAGAGGUCUUCCUGGCCAGUGA